UUCUCUUCUCUUAAGAAUUUUUUUUUUUUUUUUUUUAAAAAGGGGGUUAAGAAAGAAUAGCUAUAACUUUCUUCCCAAUCUUUUAUUCUUUUAGCCUUCUUUCACUACCCUUUUGUAGGGUCAUCACAAUACACUCUAAAAAGGGAUUUCUAUUAGGUAUCCCCUCCCAUUAACAUCACUCGCCUCACUCUUUUGUUCACCUCUUCAUCUUGUCUUUCCUUCUGUCUUUUUCACUCUCUCUACCUCAUCACAACAUGGCUACGAAAUUAACCUUAAUAUCUUCCACUCUCUUCUUCACCUCCAUUCUUCUCCGUCUUCCAACCAUGACUAAGUCAGAUGACACAUGCCCUUAUCCUUGUUACCCUCCGCCUACCGGUACUGGCGGCCCCACCGUCAUAACACCAUCAACUCCGACGUCACAGACGGGACUAUACCCGCCUCCGGCAGGCAACUCAUACCCUUCUCCCACAGGGAAUAAUUUUCCUUAUUACCCUCCACCAACAGGGAACAACUUCGUUUACGGUCCUCCUCCUGAUCCUAUCUUGCCUUAUUUCCCAUUUUACUACAGAAAGCCUCCUCAUCAGACUGAUGUAUCAUCUGCAGUAACAUCUCCGAGGUCAAGUCUUUUGAUUGUUACAACUAUUGUAAUCGGUUUUACUUUUCUUUAAAUGUAAGUGAAAAUUUUGGUCUACUUUAAUUAUGGAAUCUAAGUAAUUAUAGGUUAUUUAGUAAUUGAAUGUUCAUGUAUUAUUAUGAGCAUAUUUUAGCUAAGUUCAGAAACUGGAAAAGAGCUCUUCUUGUUCUUCUUUUUCGUUCUUUAGUGUACGUUUCUUGUUGUCGUUUCCUUAAAAAAAGUUCCAACUGAAGUUUGGACGCCAGUAAGCCAAUCUUAAUUUAGAAAGUUGGUUGUUAA